AAAGCAUUUGCAGUUGAAAUGGUUGUCUUUAUUAACUAUCAUAAAGUUUAGUUUUGUUUUUACAAACGAGAGCCAUGUUUCAGUUCCCAUGAAUGUUUAAUACAGAACUCAUAUAGGAAGAGGAAGAUAAAACAAAAGUUUUAAAAGAUAAAAUGGAUGAGAGAGGAAAUGAAACGAGUCCUCCACCUGACGCUUGCAUUUUAAAGUGACUUCCUGUUUAAUCACGUGUCUCGGACAGCGGAAUCCCCCGGAACCGGUCUUAGAAAACGAGAUGAAGGCGCACGGUUGGAAAUUUUGAAAUGCACUAUUGUGAAGUGGUGGGAGGAGUCAUGCUUAGUAGUAGGAUAAUAGGGACAAAGAAAGAGAGCGAGCGAAAUAGACACAAAGAGGGAGAAGGAGAGAGACAGACAGACGGAGCAAGGGACAGAUAGUGUUCUCUCUCAUACUGAGUCACUCCCAUUUCCUGACUGCAGUUGGGGGAUGGUGUGUGUGUGUGUGUGUGUGUAAGUCAAACUUUGUGUGCUUUUUUCUGUCUGAGGUCAGCACUAAGGGAUUCCCCCUCCUCCGCCAAGCCGUACAAUCCACUCCAGUGCUUCCAUUCAGCCUAAGUAGUGUGCACUAUUGUGUACGGCUAAAAAAAAAAGAGGGAGGGUGCGAGGGAAGAGGGAAGGAGAGAGAAGAAACUCGGCCCUUUGUGUGCUGUAGGUUCAGCCGAGAUAGAGUGAGAGAGAUACUUCUGCUGUUUCUAGCUGCAAAUCUUUACCCCUUACACCCUGACGCACACUUUAAACAUUUACACACACACACACACACUCACCAACCUUUACGCAUAUGCUGGUUCACGAGUGCAGGCGUGGACGACAAACUCUGGGUUGGGUACACGAGUGUGUACAUCUGAGCUGUGUAUGUGUGUGUGUGUGUGCGUGAGUGUGUGUGAUGAGAGCGGACGUCAUAGCGGCCCAUGAAUAUUGAUGCGGAGGACCGUCUUUUUCAUCGAGGACAGAAGGAAGCAAGAUGGCGGCUCUUUAGGACCUGGUUAGGAUCUAGAACGUUUUCACGGCACACGGAGGGAGCGAGGAGAACGAAGGAAAGCAGAGAACACAGCCUCGUGAAUGGACUCAGAAACGGCCAGAUGGAAACAGGACAAGCCAGACAUGAGACGGAAGAAAGUCUGAUACACAAACAGCUUAGUGCCAACCACCAGGUACCUACAAAGCUGCAGAAUGGGAAACAGCCACCAAGCCCUCAGCAAUUUAAUGGGGAUGACAGCUGGAGUAAUUUUAAUCCAAUGAAACGACACCGGGAUGACUGUUCUAGUCCAGUCACCGUGUAUGAUCAGGGCCUGUAUAAGAUAAAUGGUGAGGGGAGGCAAGCACUAAAUGAACACUCAUUAGUGGCCCUUCACGAGCCCAAAAAGCUUUGUGUUAAUUUGGAGACAACUGGUUCAUGGGAAAAGAAAGAGGCAGAUACAGAACAAUGUUUAGACACAAACUCUAUGCUAAACAAAACUGUACAAGACAGGGAAAACUGCAAUUAUCCCAAUGGUGACAUCUUCUCAUUAUCAAGGAAUAAGCAGAUGCCAAUACCUAAUGGUGCUACCGUAACUCCACCUUCGGUGGAAAGUCCCGCUGGUGGUCAUUUAGAAAAACCUCAGUCUCAAUAUUACCCAAACCACACGUCCAUAACACAAGACACCAGCAGUCUACAUGGGCAGGUGAUUUCUUCACCUUCAGUUACCUCAGGUUUUCCUAUUUUGAGUCAGACAUCUGCCUCUGAGCCACUUGCCAGGACACCACCAGAAGUGCAUGGAAGCAAUGGCUAUGAUUCAGAGUUCAUGGUGAAUGGGUACUGUGGACAUUUUGGAGCAGAGCAGCCGCAUAGGCCUUCGCCUUACCCUCUAACUGACCUCCCAGCUUUGAAAAAUCAAGUGCAAAAUGAUUUGGGAAAAGGGCCAGGAAUUUCUACAACAGUGAGUAUAAGUGAUGGUUCAGAAGCUCUAAAUGGUAGGGAGUGCUUUCACAGCAACACAGAGGGUUUAAACAUGUUCUCCAAGUCCAGGCAGGAUCUCAGUCAGGAGUCUUACCCAGUUCCAGUACAGGCCGAAGUUGCUGGCAGAUUCAGUUCGUUCAAGAACUCAGGCACUGAUCAGGAGCUCAGGACUCUUACAGGCCAGCAGCACUUACAAUAUGGCAUGCAACAGCACCAGUCAGAUGUUUCCUGUACAGCUGAUGCCCGCCCCCAGGGCACUGGAGUCUCUGCUCCGCCUCCUGCAGAAAAUCAGGCAGCUCCAAAUAAUCAGUGUAAUGAGUUAGAAAACAAACUGGCUCUCCCAGAACAGAGAGUCAAUGUGGAUUCUGACACUCAGAUUGGUUGGAUCGAUUUGAACUCAACUCCAACUUCAACUUCACGGCAUCAAGACAACCAGGCGCACAUAUGGAAAGGUUUCCUUCCAAAUGAGAACUCAGCCAGAGAGAGCCAGGGUGACCUGCUCAAUUCUGACACCUCACAUAUCUUUCAGAUGCAGCCAGGUUUUCCCGAACAGUUAGAGUCUCACAUGCAAAACAGCUACAAGCUUCCAGCACAACCUCACUCUAAUGCUGUCACAGAGUGCCAGACUCGACCUAAAAAUCCUUCUGAUAUGCACACCCAGCCCAACAUGCAGCUUAACAAUGUACAGCCCCAACAGCAUGCAAACGAGCAUUGUUUCCCCUUAAUCCAACAAGAGCAAUUAUGCAAAAAUGAUCAAAACCAAGAGCAGGUACUACCUCCUGACUCUGUGCAUCAGCGACUUUCACAAUCCCACCAGCAAUAUGAAGCCCACCAGCAGCAAGCCAGCAUGAUUAAUGAUGCACAGGGUUCCAAAAUGGUGCCACAGCUACAGAACCCCUCUCAGGGUCAGGUGAAUUCCCAACCCCAAAACAGACACACAAUGGAAGUCUACACACAGGCAGAAAUAUCACCUCUAACAUACAGGCAACCUAAUGCUACAAGUAAUAUGCAGAAUGGAUCCAAUCCAUCUGUACAGCCAAUGGUCUCCUUUUCUGAUCAGCCUCGCCCCAACUCUCAGCCUUCACCCAAUGACAUGAAAUCUGUGUUUGGCUAUGGUGGUGGAGCAGAGAGGCCAGAGAGAGAACAUAAUCCAUGUCUCAGUGCCCAUGAUUCCCAGCAGCUUGUCAACUGUCACUUACAACGUGGACAAAUGCAACUUCAGCAACCAAAUAUAAAUCAUGGUAGGCAAAUAUCUGCCCAGAUGUUUCCCAAAACAGAAUCACGGGACUCUUGUUUCCAAUUUCAGAGAGGAUCCAUACCAAGCCCAGGUUCACAAGGGGACUUCCAUAGACAUGCAGCACUGCGAAUGCAUCUUUUACAAAAGCAGGAAAGACCAAACUGUCCCCAGAGCCCCAUCAUAAUUAGACCUGACCUGCAACUUAAGUGUGAGAAUAGCUCAAGAUUUGAGGCCCCACUCCAAAUGCCACCCCCUCAAAUGCUGCAUCAGGAUCGAGACAUGACUAGAAGCAUGCUACCAACAGUAAAACAGGAAAGGAUCUCUUCGACCUGCUCGCAAAUCCAGCAUAAAAGCAUCCUGGCAACCAUGGAGCAGCAGUUACAACAAUACAAGCCUUCCUCUGUGUUUGAGAGGAGGUCUUUAGCCAUCAAGUCCCCUAAUAAGAUGAAAAUAGAGAUGUCUGGCAGCCUGGCAGUGAUUUCUACAAAUAUUGAAAAAAGUAGUGGGGACCAAUGUAAACCUCCUCCUUCCACUCCCAAAAAAGAGCCAGGACUGCAGUGUUUUUUGGAUUCACCCAUGAAAUUGCUGGAUACCCCUAUAAAAAACCUGCUGGAUACACCCAUUAAGACUCAAUAUGAGAUUCCUUCAUGUCAUUGUGUUGAACAAAUCAGUGAAAAGGAUGAAGGCCCAUAUUACACUCAUCUGGGAGCAUCUCCAAAUGUCAAGGGUAUAAGAGAAAUAAUGGAAAAAAGGUCUGGCCUGACUGGUGGUGCUAUUAGAAUUGAGAAAGUGGUGUACACAGGAAAGGAGGGAAAAAGCACACAGGGUUGCCCCAUUGCUAAAUGGGUAUUUCGUCGAGCCAAUGUGGAUGAGAAGCUCCUGGUGCUAGUACGAGAGCGAACCGGUCACACUUGUGAAACAUCAUGCAUUGUGGUAGCAAUGGUAAUUUGGGAGGGAAUACCAGCAAGCCUGGCUGACCGUCUCUACACAGAGCUUAGUGAUACACUAACAAACCAUGGCACCUUGACCAAUCGCAGAUGUGCACAUAAUGAAGAGAGGACAUGCGCAUGUCAGGGGCGAGACCCUGAUGCCUGUGGGGCUUCAUUCUCCUUCGGUUGCUCCUGGAGCAUGUACUAUAAUGGCUGCAAGUUUGCCAGAAGUAAAAUCCCAAGGAAAUUCAAAUUGCUUGGUGAUGAUCCCAAAGAGGAAGAGAAACUGGAGAGGGAUUUCCAGGCCCUUGCAACUUUAAUUGCUCCAGUGUAUAAGAAGAUGGCACCUGACGCUUAUGGCAACCAGGUGGAGCAUGAAAAUAGAGCUACAGACUGCCGCUUGGGCCUCAAAGAAGGCCGUCCAUUUUCUGGAGUUACAGCAUGUCUAGACUUCUGUGCCCAUGCUCACAGGGAUCUUCAUAACAUGGCAGGAGGUAGUACUGUGGUCUGUACGUUAACAAAAGAGGACAAUCGUGAGAUUGGAAAGAUCCCUGAUGAUGAGCAGCUGCAUGUUCUACCAUUGUACAAGGCUGCAUCCACUGAUGAGUUUGGUAGCGCUGAAGCCCAGCUGGAGAAAACAAGAACUGGAGCCAUCCAGGUGCUUAGCACUUUUCGGCGGCAGGUUCGUAUGCUAGCAGAACCAGCCAAGUCCUGCCGGCAAAGGAAAUUAGAAGGCAAGAAAGGUGGAGCAAACAAACCCUCUCACCUCAGCACAUCAAACCCCAAAACAGAAAGCACCCAACAAGCAAAGCAACAGAAACAAAGCCCUUGUGACAAUGUGGGCCAGAACAUACUAACAGCAGUUACACAUCUGAGUCACAUGGGUGCAUCCGUUCUGCCUGGUCAGAACCCUCUAGCUGCCCAGAACCAGCUUCAACAACAGAACCAGCAAUCACAGCAAAGCACUCCUCUGCCUUUCUCCAGCCCAACAUCCUCUGCUAACUACCAAAGGCACCCUAACACCCCAGGGUCCUUUGCUAGCACUUCCAAACCACCGAAUAUGUUUUUUCAAUCUCCCAGCUCAGCCAGCCCUUAUCAUUCCCCUUUACCAGUCCCAAAUACCUACAUGAAUGGGUCAAAUCCACCAAGGUCUUACCCUGGGGCACUAACUCCCAACAACCUUUAUCCAGGUUACCAAUGUAAUGGGGCUAUUCCCAUGGACACCUACCACCCUUUCAUAUAUUCAAAUCCAAAGCAUAUAGACUUGUACAGACAGCAAAGACCAUCUCUUUACCCUGACCAACAACUCAACCCUCAGCAGCACUAUGGCAUGAAUUUUCCAUCACAGUAUGGCGAGUCAGGCCUACAUGUUAAUGGAUAUAGCAACUGCAACAUGAGACCAAACAUGCACCCUAUAGGACAUUAUCCAGGAUACAGUACAAAUGGGGGACCAAAUGCCCAGUUCCUGAAUGCUAUCUCUAGGCCACCUCCAGCUCACUCAAGUCUGGACUAUGCAGCUACAAAUAAAUGUAGUCAAUUUGGUAGAUACCCUAAUCCCCACUUGACCCAGAAUCAUUUGUUCCCCCAAAAUAUAGACCCCCGAAGUACACAAACAUCAGAGAUGAGCCUCCAUCGGGCGAACAUUUUUCCCCAGGUGCUUCCUUCUGUAAGCAGGGAGGGCAUAAACCCCAGCCAAACACAAGGCGUGAGUCUACCUAACGGAAACACCCCACCCUCUAUGGUCAAGCAAGAGCCAGGAAUUGCAAUGCCUGUACCUCAAACGGAGGAGGAUGCAUGGUCAGACAAUGAGCACAAUUUUCUGGAUCCAGAAAUUGGUGGUAUAGCAGUAGCACCCAGCCAUGGCUCAAUUCUCAUUGAGUGUGCAAGGCGUGAGUUGCAUGCAACCACACCACUCAAGAAGCCUGAUCGCACCCACCCUACCCGAAUCUCCCUUGUCUUCUACCAGCACAAGAAUCUGAAUGAGGCAAAGCAUGGGCUAGCAUUAUGGGAGGCCAAGAUGGCAGAAAAAGCACGGGAAAAGGAGGAGGAUGCCGAGAAGCAUGGCAUGGAUGGGACACCCAGCAAGAGUGGUGGCAAGAGGGUAAAGAAAGAACAUCCAGAACCUUCUGAGCCUACAACACCAUCAUACAGACGUUUUGUUCAGAUGCUCGCUGAAAAUUCACUAUCCUGCACCACCAACACUUACGUCAGCUCAGCUCCCUAUGCCUUUACUAGGGUCACUGGGCCAUACAGCCACUUCCUGUAGGGAUCUGCUUAGGUUUACAUCAUCCUCAGACAGGGGAACAAAAAAAUGUCAGAAUUGUGAAAUGGUGCUAAAAUAAUGCUUCUCAGACCUCGGUGCCACUGUCUGCAUCAACUCAGAGACCUAUAGAAGAUUCUGUGAGGCAAGUGAAGCUAGAUCCACACUAUCGGGAAAAUGCUAAAUAUACAGUAGAUCAAAAGGAUGAGCUUUAGUGGUUGACCCUCAUAAAAAAGUAUUUAUUUAUUGCAAUGUUACUCGCACUGUUCUUCUUCUUUGGUGCUUUAGAACAUCCAGAUGUCCAUUACUGGAAAUAUCUUUAAUGGCUUUAAUUUGAUAGUUUUGACAAGGUAAAAUCAUGGUGUAAAACACUGAUUUGGUGGCUAAUCAUGUUCAAGGUGCUAAAUUGAGUUUGAAUAUACACUUUUGGUUUAAAAAUAGUUUUAGCAUGUUACUUCUCAAGUACUAAGCAAUUAUUUUCAUGAUCGGUAGCAUUUUGUUUAUUCUUUUUUUGGUUAGUGUUUUUAAAGCACUUUUAAUUACAGGGGUAUGAUGGGUUCACCCUCUGGCAAUUAUUUUCAGGAUUUCGUUCAAUUUUGGAAAUCAAGAAAAUCAUGCAAAAUUAUUAUUAUUAUUAUUAUUAUUAAUACUUUUCUACAUUUUGUGAGAGCAUAUUCACCAGGAGCUUUUAUGCUUUCAUAGUCCAUGUGUUUUAUAUUGAGCCAUUGUCAACAUGGAUUUUUGUAACUGUAAUUAUUUUUUAAACAAAUCACAAGAAUAGGUGGAGGAAUCCUGUUACACAAAUAUCUGCUAUGAAUUUCAGAAACAUAUGCAUCGGGUUUGGGUCUUCUUACCUCCCCCCCUCCCCCCGCAGUUUCAUUAUGCCCUUAUUGAACAGGGUUAGUGCUACCUUUUGGUUAUUUCUAAGGCAGCUGGCUUGCUGUAAAGGGGAUCGUUUAUUAACUGUAAUCUAGAUUUGUACAGUAAAUUAAUUCCUCUCUUUUCUAAAAUAUUUUAGAUUUUAGUACUGUAAAAGAGAGUUAAAUUUCCUCUGGGUUUUUUUUUUUUUAAAUGGUGCUACGUAUAGGCCUGCUACAUUAUAAACCUAUAAUGUGAGAAUCUCUUGGUGGUGAGAAGGUUUAUGAAUGACAUACAGAACCUAUUUGUCAUAUACCUCAAAAUAUUUUUGGCAAUAGGAUGACUAUACCAAGGUGUCUUCAUUUUGUUUCCCUUUUUUUUUUUUCUUCUGUAUUGGAAACAACAAAUUUCACAAACUUUAGGUCAGUUUUGCUCACUUACUUUCAUCACACUUUAAUCUACUGGAACAGUGGUUCUUAGCUCCGGUCCUUGAGAACAACCUUCCCUUCACUGUUUAGUGUUUUCUCAGCUUGGGGUAAACCGCAUUAACUGAUCAGCUAAUUAACUCCUUAAUUGAAGUCGGUUUGAUAGAGCAGGAAAAAAAACACUAAAAUGUCCAGGACAGGUGGCUCUCCAGAAGCAGGGUUGAGAACCACUGUGCUAGAAAGUGUUACUUGAACUUCAAACUUCAAAAUUCUAUACAUAAAUAAAAGAAAAUCAGGGAUAUUUUAGCUUUCACACAUCACCUGUGUCGUCAUCUGUCUUUCAGGGAUUUAUUUUUUGCAUCUUGAAUCCCAUGUAUAUAUUUACACACACACACCUAACGUUUUAUCAAAAUGAAAAAAUAAUCAUUUUUUGUUGUUGUUGUUGUACUUGCGUUAUAGAGGAUAGUUUUUAGAAAUAUAAUAAUAUGCACAGAGUUGACAAAAGGGAAAGUAUGUCUUGGCCAAAUAUGUUUUUAAUUUUUUUUAAAUAUUUUCUCCCCUUGAAUUUCACAUAAAAAUGCACAUCCUAGGUGCAUGUGUACAGGUAAAAUGUUGAAAAUGUAUUUAUAACCACUGGACAUUUACUUUAAAUGCAUUUUAUCUCUGUCUGAGUUAAAUAUGAACAGAACAUAAAGCAUUUCUGAAAGCACUUCAAAUAUUUUUCAGAAACAAAUGAAUUCAAAUCAUUAAUUAAAAUGGGAAAAACAAGUUUACUGUAAGUAAAAAAACAGAUCUAUUAACAAUGUGUCGUCAAUACAAAAAGCACAAUUGUUUUUGGAGUUUUUAAUUCAAACCCGGUUACUUCAUCAUAUGGUUUACGUACCCUUAAGCAGUAGGCAGAUUCAACCCUUUCAGUCACAAAUACAGUAAUUAUUAACUUUAAUAACACAAACUGAAACUAUGUGUUUUUUAAUUAAUAAAGAUCCAGGUAGAAAUGAUGUAUAAGCAUUAGACUGUGGAAAAAUUAUAAAUACAAACAUUAUAACUGGGAAUGAUUAUUCAAUUUACACAAACACAUGACAGGUCACAUGUGAAGUCAGACUACUUUACAGUUUUGUUUUCAAAUCAAUUUUACUGAAAUACACCCAGGUUUUUUCUGUUUUAAUUAGCUGCAGCAUUUUUUGUCCCCAUAACUUGAUUCGAUCCACGAAAUUCAUGACGGCAUGCAGGAUGUACAGUUGGGUCCAAAAGUAUGACUGCAUUGCUUGUUUGUUUGUUUUUUUAAACUGCAAAUAAAGAUAAAUAAAAAUAAAAAAAAUGACAAAGAAUCUUUUCUAAAAUAUACUGAAUAUUAAAUAUUCAGAAUGUCUAGAUACCUUAUUAAAUAAAAGCAAAUAUUGAGCAUUAUAACAGCUUUAUAUAAAAAAAAUGUCUAAUCUCUUCAACUGAGGCAUAAGAUUAGACAAUGCUCAGAUGGAUUUGAUUAGUGACAGAAUAAUUAUCAAUUAUAAUUGAUGAUCAGCAAAUUUCCUGCGGUAGACUAUUAAAAAUGACAAUUUUAAUUGCUAAAAAAUCCUAAAAUACGCCACACUGCAUCUUCUCUUCUUUCUUCUCUUACCAAGUAACUACUGUGUAGCGAAAAUAAGUCUGUGUAAAACAUCUAACUAUGCAUACUCGCAGCAGGGUUGUGUAUAGCUAACAGGGGAAAGCAAUUUGUUUCGUGAAGUGUACUGUGCAGUAAAAUCGAUAUUAUAUAUAUGGUCUAAAAUGAAUCAUCAUCAGGUUUUAUACGAAUAUAGUGAGAUAUAAUAUCCAUGCAAGCUCAAAUGCACAUCAUUAAAGCAAAAAUAAAAGGUAUGAAAUACUCUUACAUUUAACUUGUCGCUGAUAUCAUGUGGAAAGGAAAACAAACACAAAAAAAUUUAAAAAACAAAUCAUAUUCUUGAUUGCUCUCAGACUUUUGGAUCCCACAUCUUUUAUCACAAUCAUUAUUUAUUCUUUAUUUUAGUUAAAUGUGGUACAACUAAAUUCUACCUACUCUAUACAAGUCAUUUGUAUUAUUUCAUCCGCAAUACAAAUGACAUGAGCACAGAGAAAGCACUAACCUAUAGAUCAAAAAACAUUCUUUGUUUACGAAUCGCGAAUAAGGCUGAAAGGGUUGAAUUUGACUCAGAUCUUACAUUAGAUAUUACAUCAUAACAAAAACAGCUUGAUGUUUAAUGGUUAAUACAGUAUAUAAUAAUAUAAGGCUCCCAAACUUACGAGCGGAUGAGAUAUAGGGGUAGUAUCCAUAGUAACCAUACAGUGUGUUGAAUACUGUCACACACUACUUGUUGCAGGGGGGUUCUGCAUAAAACCUUUUAACCUAUUUCUCCAAGCAGAAGACUGAGAAAAAUCUGCAGUAUCUGAUGAAUAGUUUUUGUAAAUAAAUUGGAUUUUUGAGUGUACAGAAUCCAGCCUGAUUAACAAUAGGAUUCAAAUGGUGGAAUGUUAAUUAGGCAGCUGAUUAGCGGGUGAAAAGCAUAGCCAUACUUGAAGAAAUACUUGUUUUGUGUGGAGUCAACUUUACUUGAAGGACUUUCAGACUUUCUGGUUUGCAGAGUGCGUGCUACUAUAGCAUGUUCUUUUCUUUAUUUUUUUAUUUAGACACUAAAUGGUUAAUUUUUAAAAACAUCUCUGUCUCUGUCCUGUUUCUUAAAAGUUUGGUAUGCUUAAAAAUUAAGGAUGGGUAUAAAUACUGUAAGUAUUGUAAUGUACGGAAGUACUGAAUGCAGUUCAUUUGAAAGCUGUUUAUUAUAUCAUUCCUGAUAUUUCUGAGACGUGGGUGUUUUUAAAUAAAAUUUAUAUUUAUUUCAUGCA